AUGCUCGCAUGGGGAUGCUCAGCUGAUGCGACUGACGAGUACUGUAGAUUGGGUGAAAGCACAACUCUUGAGUCACUCUGUAAGUUUUGUUGCACUGUUGAAGCCGUGUAUGGCCAAUGGUACCUCAAGUCUCCAAAUCCAGCUGACCUUUACAAGCUAUUGCACAAGGCAAGCAGUCAAGGCUUCCUAGGCAUAUUAGGAAGUCUUGACUGCAUGCACUGGGAAUGGAAGAAUUGCCCAUCUUCUUGGGGAGUGGCUCCUUAUGUUGAAUAUAUUGUCAAUGAAAAUCAAUACCAUUUGGGCUACUAUUUAGCAGAUGGGAUCUACCCCCGUUGGGCUACUUUGGUGAAGACCAUCUCUUCUCCUGAUAACCCAAAGAAGAGGCUUUUUGCACAAAUGCAAGAAGCGUACAUGAAGGAAGUUGAAAGAGCAUUUGGAAUACUACAGGCUCGAUGGGUUAUUGUUCGGGGCCCUGCACGUAUGUGGUGCAAGGAUAACCUCCACUCAAUCAUGAUGACAUGUAUAAUUUUGCACAACAUAAUUGUGGAGGAUGAGUACGAAUAUGUUGAAGAGGAAUUUGAUGAUGAGAAUAUGUGUCCACAACAAUCCAGGAGGGCCAGAGCAACACAAUAUGAGCUGGAGCCAAGCAUUACAUAUGAGUACCACCAAGAUAGGCAAACUCUCUUUGAUUACAUGAUUCGUCAUAAUAGAGUUCGAUCUCCACAUGUGCAUCAGAGUCUUCGACAUGAUUUGCUCAAUCACCUUUGGAGGAGCUUUGGAGAUGGUGAAUGA